AUGGAGACGAAUAUGUUUGAGAGUGAGCCAACCAAAGUGUCUGAGUCUGCUCCCCAGGAUCAAGGGGAUGGUCUGUUGAACACCAAACCUGACCCGUACUUCAACACACGUCUGGUGCACAGUCUCAACGAGUCCAACUUUGGCGGUUUUCUCUGGACAAAGGACGCAGCUCUGGUGAUGUUCUACAAUCCCUGUGAUUCCAUGAGUUCUGUGUUCAAGAAAGACUUUGCAAUGGCCGCAGGAAGCACAAAACGAGCCAACCAUGCCUUUGCUGCAGUCAACUGUGACCAACAGAAGCAACUGUGCCGGGUUCACGAUGUCUUCAACACACCCACAUUCGUCCUCUUCUCCAAAGGCAACUACGUGGGCUCAGUGAAGGAGGUCAGCAAAUUUAGAGCCAAUUCCUUGAGACAAUAUGUGGAAACUACAUCAGUACCCUAG